CUUUUUUUUUUUCCUUUACCGUGGGUGUGUAAACCUUUCGAUGCCACGUCCUGUGGCCUCUGCAUUUUAAAAGCCAAAAACCUUGAGAAGCGAUCAGAGUUGAAUCUGAUGAUGACACUCAGAGGGGCUGAGACAAAGCAAGUGAGCCCCAUUGACGGUGAUGGGAACUUGCCCCGUGGUCUCGCAGACAAAAGCAGUGGAGCCUGAUAAGCGAAUGGGAACUUGCCCGUAUGGGCUUCUUUUGCCAAAGAAAACACAGCCGUUGCACCGAGUUUUGCAAAAACCAUCAGUAUUUGGGAAUGAUUCUGAUGAUGAUGAAGAGACCUCCGUGAGCGAAAGCCUUCAGAGGGAAGCUGCUAAGAAGCAGGCCAUGAAACAGACCAAACUGGAGAUUCAGAAAGCUCUUGCAGAAGAUUCCACUGUGUAUGAGUAUGACAGCAUUUAUGAUGAAAUGCAGAAAAAAAAGGAAGAAAACAAUCCCAAAUUGCUUUUGGGGAAAGAUCGAAAGCCCAAAUAUAUUCACAACUUACUAAAAGCAGUUGAGAUCAGAAAAAAGGAACAGGAAAAAAGAAUGGAAAAGAAGAUACAGAGAGAACGAGAGAUGGAAAAUGGAGAAUUUGAUGAUAAAGAGGCAUUUGUGACAUCUGCUUAUAAAAAGAAACUGGAAGAGAGAGCUGAGGAGGAGGAAAGAGAGAAGAGGGCGGCUGCCCUGGAAGCACGAUUGGAUGUGACCAAGCAGAAAGACCUUAGUGGGUUUUAUAGGCAUCUGUUAAAUCAAACCGUGGGUGAGGAAGCACUUCCUAAGUCCAGCUUCCGGGAAGCCAGGACUGGAAUAAAAGAAGAGAAGCUCAGGGGCUACUCAGAUGAAGCAAAUUCAGAGGACAGACCACAGCAGAACUGCACUCUCCAAACUGGUGACGAGGGAAACCCAGAUGCUGACAGCGAUUUUGACCGUGAGAGCAGUGACGAUGAUGAAGGGGGGGAGCACAAAGUAAACCGCGGGCGGGAAGAAGACACAGGAGCCUCCAGGAAAUACCGCAAGCAUCACAAGAGUCAGAGCCACUCUCGGUCCCCCAGCGAAGAGAGAGGGCAUGGCACCAGGCACCAGUCCAGCAGAAGUCCCAAGUCAAGAAGACACGAGCAAAGGGGAGGUCGGCACCAGGACAGCACGGCCAGAGACCAGGAGGGCUGUCCCACGGGCCACGGCCACCGGAAAGAGAAGAGUUCUCACAGGCACAGAGAAUCGGAUCGGAACGAUCACUGCUGGAGGAGGUGGGAGCAGGAAGAUAAACCAAGAGAAAGACAGGACCGAGAACGGAAAAGGGAGAGAUACUCCUCUAGAGAGCGAGCGAGGGACAGACGAGAUGACCAUGACCAACACGGCGAGAGGGAAGAGGGAAGCAGAGACAAAGAAGGAAGGAGGGAAAGACAGGAAAACAACGGCAGACACAGAGAGAUGGGGAAACGAGAGAGAAGUCGAGACGGGAGGGGGAGCAGCCCGGGGUCCAGACCGGAGCAUGAGUUUCCGGACCAGGAGAGAUCCAACAAACUAAGAAAUGUGGGAAAGGACACGGGGGACCAGGAGAAGCCCUCUCCUUCUGAAACGUCACUAGCAACAAAACACAGACUGGCGGAAGAGAGGCAGGAGAAGGGCAGUGAGCAAGAGAGGCCCCCUGAGCCCUUGAGCAAGUUUGCAAAGCGGAGCAAUGAGGAAACUGUGAUGUCAGCUAGAGACAGGUACUUGGCCAGGCAGAUGGCACGAAUUAAUGCAAAGACUUACAUUGAGAAAGAGGAUGAUGACUAAUGACAGCCAGCAUCUGGGGUUCCUUGGAAGCAUAGAACAUUGUGACCCCUGGAACUUGCUUUAAGAAAGCAAGUGAAUGUGUGCCGUGACUGGAAAGUAGAUUUAAAAGUGUAUUUUCAAAAUUUGUGAAGUCCAAAGUCAGUUCUUUCAGCUUCGGUGCUUGGCUGGACUGGUGAGCUAUUUUCUAGUCUGUAGCACCUUGUUGAUUUUACUCAAGAGUCAUCCAGGGGUUAAAUCUUCCUGUAGAUUCUUUGUGAGGAAAAUUGGCCUCAAAAUAACCAUUAAAAAUAACUCUUUAAUAAUGUUGCUUUUGAGAUUUUUUUGUUUUGUAUUAACUAUUUUACCUGAAUGGGUCUUUUGCCUGUGUGUAAGUCAGUGCACCAAGUGGGUGCCUUGUACCCACAGGAAGGCCAGGAGAAAGCUUUGGAUGGAUCCCCUGGAAUGGAAGUUAGAGAUGGUUGUGAGCCAUCAUGUGAGUU